AAAUUGUGCUUCUUUUUUACCGAUGUUUUUUUUUUUAGCAUUGCAUUCACUUAGUUUUUAGGAACAGUUGGUUUCCGAAUAUUUGGUUUGCAAAAUAUCCGAUCACAAAAAUUCAAACUGUUCACAACUUACACAAUAAUAAGCUAUAUUACUGUGUAAGUUGAUUAAAAUGGUACAAUCUUAUGAAUUCCAUGUGACUAUUAUAUUUAACUAUAUAGUUGUUGGGCGUUCAGGGAAUUUUGAAGGAUUUUUAAGAGGAGAGUGAUCCAUUUAUGAUGAGCAAAGUUAUCACUAAUCCCGAUGAUAAAGUUCGAAGUUGUAAUAUUGUUUCUGCAAUUUUAGGCUAGUAAAUAAAAAAAUCUAGUGCCUAGAAACUGAGCAUAUAUGUAACUUUAAAUCAAAAUCAAAAUUCAUUCAUUCAUGAAGGUCAGAUUACAUUGGACAGCACCCAGUUUCGCCUACCCUUCACCGCUUCCUAAGUGUUUACAUGAUUAGUUCAUUUCUAUUCGAUUUUGACUAUUAUAAAACGAAGCUGGCUGUUAGUUGGUAUCCCAAAUAGUAAUAUUUUGAAGUGGUGCAUCACUUUAAAUGUCACUGCAGUUAUCUGUCAACUUUUGUGUUUUUCCUGGUUUCAUGGGACAAUGCAAAAUACUUAGAUAUUUUUAAUUUCAGCCCUGCCUGUCAAGCUAUUGGUCUUGCAUCUUGUGAGAGUUUUAAUGGACGCAUACACCCUUUCAUAGAAUAAGUUAUUAUAUAGUUAAGAAAAAUGUCUGGGAAGAAGUGCAAGCACUGCGGGUCCUCGGACAUCGAGGUAGACCCGGCCCGUGGUGAUGCAGUGUGUACGAACUGUGGAUCAGUGUUGGAAGACAAUAUUAUUGUAGCUGAAAUAGAGUUUCAAGAAAAUGCUCAUGGUGGUGCCUCUACCAUUGGACAGUUUGUGUCAGCAGAAUCUAAAGGAGGUGCCACAGGAUUUGGGCGAGCAUUUAACGCUGGUAUUGGCCAAGAAUCCAGAGAAGUCACAUUAAGAAAGGCUCGGGAAGGUAUCACAGCUCUCUGUCAGCAGCUGCGCCUCAACCAGCAGUGCAUAGACAUAGCCUGUAACUUUUACAAGAUGGCCCUGUCUCGUCAUCUCACUAUUGGACGGCCUUCAAGUCAUACACAGGCAGCCUGUGUUUACAUGACAUGCAGAACAGAAGGCACAGCCCAUUUACUAAUUGAUGUGAGUGAUGCUGUACCAAUAUGUUGUUAUCAACUUGGCCGCACAUAUUUCAAGCUAUCAAGAGCCCUCUGCAUCAACAUACCUCCCACAGGUAAGUCUAAUAUUUAUUCUUAUCAGCUUCUUUUUUUCACUUAAGCUAAGAUUAGGACUGUUAGUUUUAAUAAAAUGUAUCAGCAUUAUCUUCUAUUUGUCUCGGAAUCUCGCCGCUAUACAAUAACAACCGGUCUAGUGUGCGACGGUCUCGCGACGACGAGAGAUUCGUACGAAUAAGCUAAAAAACUAUGUAACCCAUUUAUAAUGUUGUGUUAUUAUUUAUUUAUUUUUAUAUUUCGGAAUAAAAAUGUAUUGUCCUGUGAAUAUUUAACUGUAUAGCUAUAAUGGUUCAUGAGAUACAGCCUAGUGAUAUACGAGCGGACCAAUAGCAGAUCGUUAGUAUAGUAAUAGGGUUUCGUUUUUACUCUUGGGUAGAGACACCGAAAAAGCGCCGUCUUUGUUCUGUCCCUUGCAAAGAGAGAAACAAUGGUUUAUGCAAAAUGUUUCAUAUCUAAGUUUCAUUAAAUGACACGCCAUUUUUUUCGGUCCACUUUUAGAAGAUUUGGCUUGCUUGAUGAGCUCCAGUUGUGCCAGACUAAUCUACAGAUUAUAACUACUUACUGGUGGACACUGGCCAUUAGCUGCGCCACAUUUUGAUUUGUCGCUUUCCGCUUUUAGUAUCGGUGUUUUUAUU